CCGGUCCCGGGCUGCUCGACUGCUGCAUAUUGUCUCUGGCGGCUGCGCCCCCCGCGCUGCCUGCGCUGCCUGCGCUGCCUGCGCUGCCUGCGCUGCCCUCUGUCUCCCGCCGUCGACACUUCCGACGACUGCUCGCCGCGAGUGCUCCUCGCUCCACGGGCCAAUCAGCGCGCCGGCGUUGCUGCUAGGCGUGCGCCUGUUCCCAUUCGCACACGGACCGAGCUGGCGCGCGCCUCGCCGAUCUCGGCCUCGACGCACCUGCAGCAGCCACGCUACUCCACACGCAGCACCCCCGACGUCAGUCCACCAUGGCUUCGCACGGCCGCAUCAACAGCACCGACGAGCGGAGACGGGGUGCGUAUAUUGCCUGCCCCGUCGCGAUCCCCCGCCGCUCCACCAAGGGCCCGCUCGAUGUAGACGACGAUCCCCUCGCUGCUCUCGCAGCGCAGACCGCACCACCCACCAGCUCACGCCUCCACUCCCCCUCGCGACCCUCUCACUCACCUGCUCCCCGCUCCCGCCUGACAAGCCCCCCACCCUCAGACACAGGACUACCUGUACGCCUGCACGACCAUGCGCCCCUCUUGAAAGACUUCUCCUUCCUGCAAGACGCCUCCGCAUACCACGUCCUCCCCGCCUCCACCGUACCCCCGCCCUUCCUCAACGCUCCUAAUAUCCCCUCGGUCGCGUCACCAAUCGACACCCUCCUCCUGAGCGGCCACUACCGCCUCGCCGCCAUCGCCGCCGCGCGCAACCUCGUUGCCAACACGCCCGCCACCGAUUACACGACGCUGUUCCACCUGCUGCAUAUCCGGCUAAGUUGUUUGUGCUUGAUCAAUGAACAUGCGCUGGCUGCGCAGGAGGCCAAGGUGUUUGGGGAUUUGAAUUCGAGUUUUUAUUAUAGGGACGACGGCGAUGGUGGUGCGAGAGGGCAUCUUGUGCCGUGGGAGCUAAGGGUACUGGUGGUGCGGCUUGCAGCGCUGGGGUAUGGGGAGUGGCGCAAGGGGAUCAUGGGAUACUAUGAGCUUGCGCGGGAGUGUCGCGAAGCCUUCUCAAAAGCCGAGGACGACGCGGAAAAGGAGGUGUGGCGGACAAGGCUGCGCGAUUGCGGGGUCAGGGUCGCGAAUGUGCUGGUUGAGAUGGGGGAUUUGGAGGGCGCGGGAAGACAUCUCGCGGGCUUGGAUGCGGGCGGCGAGGAAGGGCAGGACACCAGGCUGAUGGAGACGCUGGUGUGGCUGCGUCUGGGCGACGUCGCAGCCGCACGACGGUGUCUCGCAUCCGCUUCUACCUCCACGUCCACCCCUGACGCCCUCCUCGACGGCACCCUCCACGCCCUCCUUCACCUCGCCGACGGCUCCCCCAGCGCCGCCGUCUCUGCCUUCUCCGCUCUGCGCACCACGUUCCCGUCCGACGCAAUGGUCGCGCAGAACCUCGCCGUGUGCCUGCUCUACACGGGCCGCAUCGCCGAAGCGCGAAGCCUACUACAAGACCUCGUCGACGAGAGCGCGCCGUUCCACAGCCUGGUGUUCAAUCUGAGCACGAUAUACGAGCUGUGCACGGAGCGGAAUCGAGAGGGCAAGAUGGAGCUGGCGAGGAAGAUGGCGGCGCGGCGGGGUGACGGAGGUGUCGGGUGGGAGAUGAGUAACGCGGAUUUCAAGCUGUAAGGCCAAGGAAUUGGUGUGAUACCAGAUGAGACAUGCAGGAUGAUACCAUAUGAUGUCUGUCAUUUGAAUGAUUUGUGUACCUAGUGGAGACGUGUGAUGCAGCGCUCAGUCUUCGUCCGACGCAAACAUGUCCUCAGCUUUUGGUCGAAGGCGCCUAGCCCUCGCCGCAGCCGUCU